CUUCCUAUGCUACAUAUAUGUAGAAGUGGGAAGUACAGUCUUCCCCCUUUGGAUUAAUUGAUGCUAAUACCUUCCUAUCUUUUCUCUGCCCUUGAAGGAUGUGUGUGGGCAGGUCUAAUUUUGCUCUGUUUUUUUUUCUUGUGACUGGUGGUGGGAGAAUCAUAUCUUGAUCUAACCUAGGGUGCCACUAUGUAUCCUAUAGUAUUAUACCCUUUUCUUUCUCAGGAUUGAUCUGCUAUGGAUAGUGUCAAUCAACACUGAAUUCACUAGGUUAUAAUUCAGUGCCUUAAAGGGUAUACUUUAUGAUAUAAUGCACCUGAAACUGAAUGCCUACACUGGAUAAAUUACCUAGACAUAACGCUUUUCAAGACAUCAUAGGCCUGAAGAAUUGUGACAUUGAGUGACUGCAUUUUUUGCUAAAAGAGGCAGCUAUCAAGAUGGAGCCAUAUGAUGUUAUGGUAAACCAGCCUGUGGUGAUAGACAAUGGCUCAGGAAUCCUGAAAGCUGGCUUUGCAGGAGCACAAGUUCCAAAGUGUCAUUUCCCAAAUUACAUUGGUCGGCCAAAGCAUGUUCGUGUCAUGGCUGGUGCCUUGGAAGGAGAUGUUUUUGUGGGACCAAAGGCAGAAGAACACCGAGGGCUGCUCAGCAUUAGGUACCCUAUGGAGCAUGGUAUAGUAACAGACUGGAAUGACAUGGAGAAGAUCUGGGCCUAUGUCUAUAGUAAAGACCAACUCAACAUUUUCCCUGAUGAGCACCCAGUCCUCUUGACAGAGGCACCCCUGAAUCCUCGGAGAAACCGGGAAAGGGCAGCUGAGAUUUUCUUUGAGGGUUUCAAUGUUCCAGCUCUUUUUGUUUCUAUGCAAGCCAUUCUCAGCCUGUAUUCGACAGGGCGUACAACCGGAGUGGUCUUGGACUCUGGUGAUGGUGUGACACAUGCUGUGCCUAUUUAUGAAGGCUUUGCUUUGCCCCAUAGCAUUGUGAGAGUUGAUAUUGCUGGUCGGGAUGUCACCAGGUAUCUCAGGUUGCUUCUUCGAAAAGAAGGCACAAAUUUCAGGACAACAGCUGAGUUUGAAAUAGUCAAGCAAAUCAAAGAACAAGUGUGCUGCCUUACCAGUCACCCUGUAAGAGAUGAAGCAUCUGUGGAAUCAGAGAAGACCAAGUACACUCUACCUGAUGGAAGCACACUAGAGGUUGGGCCUGCAAGAUUUCGUGCUCCAGAAGUUCUAUUUUCCCCUGAUCUCAUUGGUGAAGAGUGUGAAGGACUUCAUGAAGUUCUUAUCUAUUCCAUCAGGAAGUCAGACAUGGAUCUGAGGAAAGUCCUGUUUCAGAACAUUGUCCUCUCUGGUGGCUCCACGCUCAUCCGGGGAUUUGGUGAUAAGUUGUUGGCAGAACUGAAGGCGAUAGCAAAGGAUGCUAAAAUCAAGAUAUCAGCUCCACAAGAGCGACUGUAUUCCACAUGGAUUGGAGGCUCCAUCUUGGCCUCAUUAGAUACUUUCAAGAAAAUGUGGGUUUCAAAGAAGGAAUAUGAUGAUCAAGGAGUGAAGGUGGUUCAGUUGGAUGAGACAUCCGCAAUCAAGCUGAGCCAUCCCCAAGAAGCAGUUCUUGGAGCUGACUUUCUCCUCAUCACAAUAUCUGAGCAGUACACUACAAUACAAUGUUCACUCUGCACCUUGGAGAGGAGGAUUGUGGGUUCAACAUGCUUGCCUCUAAGGGUGGAGAUGUUAGACAUCACAUUGGUUGGAAUAGCAAAUUGGGAAAAAAAUGAAGAAGAUGAGAGGAUCCGGUUGAUGGGUGUCAGAGACUUGGAAUGCUUCUUAAGAGUCUCUUUCCCCAACAUCAGCUUACAACUAUUUGGCUCUUCUUGCAAUGGGUUUGGGCUGAAGACCUCUGAUCUAGAUAUUGGCCUCAUUCCCUGUCCUACCUAUGUGCCUCCUCCAUCUGUGAAUCAAAUUGGGAAGAUGUUACGCAAGUGUCGCUGGAUCACAAAAGUCUUCACCAUAUCCCAGGCAAAGGUGCCUAUUGUGAAGUUCACCCAUAAGGAUUUGAAACUUGAUGGGGAUAUCAGCAUUCUGGAAGAUGGCGCCCUUAUGAACACCAGGCUCCUAAAAGCAUACUCCAUGAUUGAUCCCAGAGUUAAAGUGAGACCAUUGUGA